CCUCACUGUGGCGCACUGACUCUCUCCGGCUGUUUACACAGCUGAAAGUCCCGUUAUGUUUGAAGCUAUAGAGGACCAGCCACAUACUCACAAUCGGUUACAACAGAUUGUUUCUGAACGUUGGGAGCAGCUCCGCCCUUCAAGCACCCGGGCCUUCCCCCAAGCUUGGUUCCGUAAUUGCAUCAGGCUGUGAGAUGGCUGAGGUGCACAGACAGUGUAUAGGUAAUGAUCAAGAUGGAACAUUUGUGAUAUCUGAAUGAGGAUCUAUUGCUGAUCACAGAAAAAAAGUUUUACAGCAGCACUUCACUCUCUUGGCUCAGCAGAAGCAUUUGGCAACAUGCUCAGAAUUCAACCGGGAGAAGUGAAAUUACAACACUGGUUGACACUGUUGUCGGGGCUGGUGGAGAGUUUGUUCUUCACAGGGAUUGCCUAUGGCUGGGCUUCUCUUGUGUUUGUGCUGAAAGUUGAUGGAUACUUUGCUGCAUACUGCACCAAUGCCACCAGAGAUGAAGAUUAUGCUGUGUAUAAAGAUUGUAGUGGUCAGGACGAGCACUUCUCUCAGGUCAUGUCAGUCGCUUCUAUUGCCACCACAAUACUGCGCUUCCCCAUUGGAUAUGUUUUUGACCGCUGUGGAACCGCAGUUACAAGGAUAGUGGCAAUAUCAUUGUACACCGCUGGCACACUGCUUAUCACACUGUCAAAUGCAGAGACGUCUGUGUUGCUCUACCCAGCUUUGUCAAGUUUAAUAAUUGCUGGAACGAUGCUCUACAUCACCAAUGCUCAGGUGGGGAACCUGUUUCCUUCCUAUCGCUCCACUACCAUCACCAUAUACAAUGGAGCAUUUGAAUCCUCGGCUGCAGUUUGUCUCAUUAUAAAGUUGCUAUAUGAAAGAGGAGUUUCUCUGCACACAUCUUUUCUCUUCCUCACCUUGUGUAACAUUAUCCACUGCGUCCGCACCAUCUUCCUGAUGCCCAGACGACAUAUCCCCUACACGCUACCAGAGACAUACAAUUACGGGGUAAGCUGUACUGUACAAAAACGAAAAAGAAGACAGGAGGAGAACGACACAGUGCAAAAAUUUCAGGAAGGAGAUCUGGAGAAGACUGAAAAGGACGAGAAAGCCACUUUCAGGAGCUGUGUGUUUUCAUGGCUCUUCUUCUGUCACCUGGUGUGGGUGGUCACCAUCAUCCUCAGUCAGUUCAUCUUCUUAGCCAACGUCAACCCCAUGCUCACCCGGCUGGCUGAUGAUGACCAAACCGUUGUCAGUCACUACACCAAUGCAUUUGCCAUCACCCAGCUGUGCGGGGUGUUGUUUUCUCCCAUCAGCGGUCUCCUCAUGGACAGACACAAGCACAGACCUCUGGCUCCAGGAGAAUCAAGUCGAGAGGCAGAUCUGCGUUCUGCCCCUCUCGCCCUCUUCCUCUGCUUCCUGCUGUGUUUUUUCUUCUGUGUGUGUUUCACUUGUCCUGUCCUCCCUCUGCAGUAUGUCACCUUCAUCCUGCAGGUCACCAGCAGCUCCUUCUUCUACGGACUCCACCAAGCCUUCAUCAGCAUUGCCUUCCCUGCGUCUCACUUUGGGAAGAUGUCCGGAAUGGCAAUGUCUUUAUCAGCUCUGGUGCUGCUUCUCCAGUUUCCUUUGCUACACCUCAUCCAAAAUCAGCUGCAUGGUGACCCACUCUAUGUAAAUAUCGGCAUCACCGUGGUGUCCCUGCUCACCUUUAUUCACCCAGUGCAUGUUAGCCUCUACUGCAGAGAGCUGGCCAAACAGAGGAAGAAUUCACAACUUACUCGACAAUCUCUCAGAUCCUCCGACCAAGAGGCUGUCCCUUCGUCGAGUCUGAGGGGUAACGACGAAGCUGGAACAUCUAACCAUUUACAAUCAGGUGUUUGCCUAACAUAGAUAUAUUUAAGAGUAAACUGAAAACCAACAUGUUUUCUCAAGCCUUUGAGUCUCCUGAACUUUUCAGCCUUUUAUUGUAUGUUGUUUUACUCUUGUACAUCUUUUUACACAUCUCUUUUUUGUAAAAUACUCUUGUUAACUCAGUUUAUCAAAUGUGUUUUAUGAAUAAACAUGAAUUGACUUGA